UUAAUUAUCAUUCAUUUCAGUAAUCAAUUAUAUUAAUAAAUAAAGCAAUUAAUACGUAAAAACGAUGGCAGAGACGGGAACUUAUCAAACAGAGGGUCCAUUUUUUGACACAGAAUUCGCCACAACUAAGUAUGGUUUGGCCAGAAUCUCACAAUUUGCAAUCGCAUUGUUAAGUCUGAUAUUAGUGGAGAUCCCUCGGUGUCAAUGGUACAGAAGUGUCAGCUUUUUUGUGUUCAUAGCGUCGGCGUCUUUAGUCUUUUCAAUUGUUGUUCUCAUAUUGUUUUGCACCCGAUUUCAAGAACAAGUGGCCAAAUAUAUAAACCUUCCGCUCACACUAUUAGUGAAUGAGUCGAUUGCUGUCGUUCUUUGGACAAUAGCCUCAAUCCUUAUUGUGUUUGUCAGUUGUGACGGCGCCGGACCUAAAGUGGCGUACAUUAUAGCGGGAUUGUUGGGAUUUUUGGGUGCCGUUGCGUUCGCCUAUUCGGCACAGAUAUCAUAUAAUUGGUUCAAAAACGGAUCGCUCACUCUUUAGCACUUUAAUGACUGAUUGU